GAACAAAAAGUAAACAAACAAAUGAAGCGAGUAUUAUAACAAUACAAAAAAUCCACACUUUGUUUCUCUAAAACAAGAAGAAAAAACUAACAUGCCAGAUGUAUUCAAAUCAUCUCAUAGCACGUGUACUUUCAGUUAAAAUACUGAUUUAAAUAAAAAUCCAGAUAAUACAAGAAAAUAGAAAUUUGUAAAUUUCUUAGACGCGAAGUUGUCGGUUUUAUUUUGAAAAUAAGCAUCGCUUCCUGUUUUGGGCAGACCGCUUCCUGUUUUGGGCGGACGUGAUUGGCUGCGUCUGAGCGCGCAGACUCACUGGUGAGCGCGAUGUUCAAAUCCACUUCCGCUUUGUGUCUGUGCUUUUUUGUUUUUGUUUUUUCUUUGAUAUUUAAACUCUCUGGUCGCCUGGAAUGGAUCCUUUGAGCGAAAGUGGGAUGAGGACGCCUCACAACGGCGCUGUGGUCCAGCGGAGGAGCAAAACGCGGAGCUACAGACAGUCGUACCGCAGCUGCCUUGGCACCGCCUCCAGGCUCGGCCUCACGCCGGCGCUGACGGCGCGCAGGCUCAACGCCAGCAGGCGAGCUGCAAAGCCGCAGAAUGUCGCCGACAAAGUGAACCCGGAGCAUCUGGCCUUGUUGGUGAAGGCGGAGUGGCAGCUGUCGUACGUUACUCCCCUCUACCAGUUCAGACACACGCAGCUGAGGAGCUACUCCAGGCAGCUGGCGGCUUUUAUUGUGGCGGAGAAGCAGCAGGGUUUGGCGGUGGAGGUCAGCGAACUGCACAACAGCUACAGGGUCUCCUUGUCUGUGGUUCAGGGGUUAACAGAGUCAGAGGAUGACGCUGAAACGGUCCUCAUACAGAUCCACUCCAAGCCGAUGUUUGCACGGCAGGAUGAGCCUCAGAGGUCCGUGUGGAGCGGCUGGCUCACCUGCGUCCACGGCAGCCCAGAGUACCUGCGCUCCCUUCCCAAAGACUUCACCUGUCUGCCUCUUUUUGGCAGCAGGGGGCCUGAAUAUCUGUCCCGUGUGGUCAAAUCCUGGUUCCAAAAGACCUUUGACUGCUGCUUCGGCUCUCUAGAGAUCAACCACACCAGCUUGCAGUGGUUCGCGGCGUUAUGGACCGACUGCCACUCCCAGUCCCACAUCCAGCACCUCAGGAUGCUGUGGACGAUUCCCGCGGCGCCGCCGCUGCAGAUAACGUACACGGUGGACCAUCAGGACGCGUGGGACCUGUGGAACAGCGUGAGGAAGGGGCCUACGGCUGCGGUAGCGGAGGAUGCGGCUUCCAUCGACCUGGAGGAGGUGACCGGGUUCCUGCAGGCGCUGAAGAGCCACUUUUACCGCCACUUCCGGCUGGACCUGUCGGCCGGGACCCUCCAGCAGGUCUCCACGGCUGUGGGCUCGGCCAAGAGCUCCGGCAGGAUCAAGAUGUCCAACAGUCGACACGUGAUCGCCACCCUGACUCUGCUGACGGAGUGCGCCCUCCUCAAAAUGCCCAUCUGAGGGUUUGUCGACACCAAACCAGCAGAAAUCAAGAUUUUCUUUCUGUCAUUUUUAAAAUAUGUCGUUGCUUUAAAGCAAACUGUUUUAACUGCUUUUAUUUUAAAAUCCACUUUAGCAGAAAUGGCAACAUAAACACGUGUGUCUAGUUUAUCCAGUAAACAGGUCAUCAGGUCGGAUUUCAGUUAAACGUUUUCACUAUGUACUAUCUGUGUGUACCUUCUUUUAAAGUUAUCAAUAAAGGCAGAAAACGGUGGUAUUUUAAUUCA